ACCACGUUGCCCGUCCCUCUGCUCGCUUUCCCCUCCCUCCUCUUACGUCUCGGUUUUGUUGUUUUGGGUUUUGUUUUUAAUUGAAUUCUGCUGGACUGAGCGUGUGUGCGCACGCCUCUCCGACCGCUCCAGGCAGGAUCCAUGGCUGCUUCGCUGAGGUUCGACGGGCGAGUGGUGUUGGUUACCGGCGCCGGGGGAGGUUUGGGGCGAGCAUAUUCCCUGGCUUUUGCGGAACGAGGAGCAUCUGUAGUUGUGAACGAUUUAGGAGGAGACUUCAAGGGAGAAGGCAAAAGUUCCUCAGCUGCUGAUAAGGUUGUUGAAGAAAUAAGAAAGAAAGGAGGAAAAGCAGUGGCCAACUAUGAGUCUGUGGAAGCUGGCGAGAAGAUUGUGAAAGCCGCGCUUGAUGCUUUUGGAAGAAUAGAUAUUGUGAUAAACAAUGCUGGGAUUCUGAGGGAUCGUUCCUUUGUUAGGAUAAGUGAUCAAGACUGGGAUAUAAUCCACAGAGUUCACUUGAGGGGAUCGUUUCAAGUGACCCGAGCAGCAUGGGAUCACAUGAAACAACAGAAUUUUGGGAGGAUCAUUAUGACCUCUUCAGCUGCUGGAAUAUAUGGCAACUUUGGUCAGGCAAACUACAGUGCGGCCAAACUUGGUCUUGUGGGUCUCUCCAAUACUCUGGCAAUUGAAGGAAGAAAAUACAACAUUCACUGCAAUGCUAUUGCACCCAUUGCUGGAUCCCGGCUGACUCAGACGGUGAUGACACAAGAUAUGGUGGAUGCUCUGAAACCUGACUACGUGGCUCCUCUUGUCCUGUGGCUUUGCCAUGAGAGCUGUAUGGAAAACGGUGGCUUGUUUGAGGUGGGAGCUGGAUGGAUUGGAAAACUUCACUGGGAGCGGUCUCUUGGUGCCAUUGUGAGACGGAAGAAUCAACCAAUGACCCCUGAGGCUGUGAAGGCCAAUUGGAAGAAGAUCUGUGAUUUUGAUAACGCGACCAAGCCUCAGACUGCCGAAGAGUCAACUGGAAGUGUGCUUGAAGUGUUAAGUAAAAUAGAGGAUGGCGGGGGAAUAUCCAUGAACCCCACAAGCCAGGCUGCAUCAGUGGCAACGUCGGAACUGGGCAGAGCUGUUGGGUAUAAGAUAUCUCCGUGGACCUUUGAGUAUUCCAAACUGGAAACAAUCAUAUAUGCACUUGCCGUGGGGGCCUCAGUCAAGAAUCCAGAUGAUAUGAAAUUUGUUUAUGAAGGAAAUGCCAAUUUCUCCUGCCUGCCUACCUUUGGAGUGCUUCCAGCACAGAAGUCUCUGCUCACCGGUUUACUUACAGAAAUUCCAGGGGUUCAUAUAAACAUGGGAAAGCUUCUGCAUGGCGAGCAGUACUUGGAGGUAUACAAACCGUUUCCCUCAUCAGGAAAAUUUUCAUCUGAAGGCGUGAUUGUAGAUGUCCUGGAUAAGGGGUCAGGAAGUGUUAUUCUUUUGGAUGUGACUACGUACCAUGAGAAGGAGCCGAUCUGCUACAACCAGUUCUCUUUGUUCGUGGUUGGUUCAGGAGGAUUUGGUGGAAAGCGGGCAUCAGAGAAAGUCAAGCCUUCAGUACCCAUACCUAACAGGCCUCCUGAUGCUGUGUGUCACGAUGUUACUUCCCUCAAUCAGGCUGCCUUGUACCGCCUCAAUGGGGAUUGGAAUCCCUUGCACAUUGACCCAGAUUUUGCUGCCCUAGGAGGUUUUGACAGGCCAAUAUUACAUGGAUUGUGCUCAUUUGGAUUUUCUGCCCGGCAUAUUUUGCGUCAGUUUGCUGAUAAUGAUCCAGCCAGAUUCAAGGCAAUUAAGGUCCGUUUUGCAAAACCAGUGUAUCCAGGACAAACAUUACAAACAGAGAUGUGGAAGAAUGGAAACAGGAUUCACUUUCAGACUAAGGUUAAGGAGACUGGGAACGUUGUUAUUUCUAAUGCGUAUGUGGAUCUUGUGCCAUCUUCAGAUGAAACCUCAGCUAACGGUCCUAUUAAGUUAAUUUUUCAUAUCCAAUUUCCUGUCCAUUUAUACCAGGCUGAAGGGCUUCAGAGCAACCUUGUUUUUGACGUAAUAGGUCAGCGCAUCAAAGAGAUUGGAAAGGAACUGGUAAAAAAAGUCAGUGCUGUCUUUCAGUGGAAUAUCACUAAGGAUGGAAAUACUGCUGCCAUCUGGACUAUUGACCUAAAAAAUGGCUCUGGAGAAGUGUACCAAGGACCAGCAAGAGUUCCUACUCAGGCAACCUUCACCCUCUCAGAUGAAGAUUUUGUGAACAUCUUUGCGGGAAGACUUAAUCCCCAGCAGGCAUUCUUUAAUGGGAGAAUCAAGGUCAAAGGUAACCUCAUACUUGCCCAGAAGCUGGAUGUGAUUCUGAAGACUUAUUCCAAGCUUUGAAAUCCAUUCUCACCUGCCACUUCGCAAGGAAGAUUUAAAAAAUGUCUCUUCACCAAACCCCUCCUGUGAAAUCCAGUAGCAAAGCUCAGAAAUAAUAUUAGGGGGGAUUUGCAUAAUAGCUUUGACUAAUUUAUCAUUUACUUUGUUGCAGGUACUAUAAAUUGAUUUGGAAAUCAUUGCCCUAAAAAUGCUUUUGCCUCACUCUCCUUUUCAUUUGAAAUGUGCAUUUGAUCUUUUAGUCUGUUUAUCCAAACUAAUCUUUUCCCAGAUUACUUCUGUGCUGAUUUUCAGAUAACAAAAUUUAUAUAUCGGAAAAAAAUAAAACUAGCUAAAUGCUGGGA